UCCCUUUACCUGUAGCUACCUCAUUUUUACGGCUCUGAAACAAUGAUAUUCACAUAAUAAAGAAUUGUCACUAUGGAUUUUAAUGAAAUUACUGAAGCGGCUAGUAGAAAAAGAUUAAACGCCGACGCUGAAAAGCUCCGCGAGAAUGUAUCUCGAGAAGCAGCAAAAAUAAUAAAACUGAAGGUUGCUCAAGACACCGCGUACUGGGAUCUGAAGGAGAAGCUGCACCAAGUGGAGAGUAACCAUGAGAGAUUGCAGCAGAACAUGGUGGAAGUUCAGAUGCAGCACGAGGCCAUCUCCGGACAGUACCAGGAUGAACUCCGGCUGAGACCUGACACGCUUAAUAAAUUAAGCAGCACAAGGGAGAUAUGUGAUGUGCUGGAAAAUUACACGGAGAGGCUCAAAGACACGUUGGCCAGGUGCAAGGCGGACCAGGCGAGUCUGUACGAUGCGUACCAGAGGUCUGGGCAGGUCGUUAGAGAACUGAAGUUGCAGCAUACGCAACUGGACGAGAAGAACAGACAAAAAAUCGAGAGCAUAGUGGAGAAAGCAAAAUUAUCAAGUGAGCACCAAACGCAAAUGAUACAAUACUUGAACGAGUCAAAACAGAAGGCCGAUAGAGAACUGACCGACACCAAAGUUCAACUGGCAACAGUGCAGGCGCAGAAAGACGACCUGUCCACAGCUGUUGGCGAAAUACGCAACCAGUUGGAACAUGUCACGCAAGAAGUAAACAUGAAAGACGUAGCUUUGAUCAAAAGCCAGAAGGACAUGAAGCAGUUGGUAAACGAGUUCACAACUCAGAGUAAUGAGGUGAAGAAUGCUUACAUGAAGAAAGAAGAACAAUUAAAGCAAUCAUUAGAAGAGAUAGAGGCUCUCAAAGGAGCAUUAAGCAACCAGGAAGCAUUUACCGACAGUGUUCGCAAGCAGAACGACUUCCUGCAAGAACAGGUAGCAGCGGCUGAAGAGCGCCACGCUGCCUCUACGCUUCAUAUUGAACAAUUGCAAGUCCAACUUGAGGACGCAAGAAUUACAAAUGACAACAAUAAAGAAGAAAUUAUGAAAUUGCAAGAUAAAGUUAAUCAUUCAGAGAAAGAGAACGAUGAAAAAUAUGCUGUGAUACUUAUGAAAGAAAGCGAGAUAAAUAACUUGCAACUUCAAGUAAACAAUUUGGAAACGGAGAAGGCAGCGAUUAUAUCGAAACUGGAGACGAUGACUGUAAAGAUCAACGCAGAGGAGGCGCUGGUGGCAGAACUAACAGCAGCCAACCAAAUGUUAACCACCAAUCUGGGAGAAACAGAGAACGCACUUAAAACUCACAAAGACGCAAGCGAUGCUAGAAUCGCAGAAUUAACAACUUCAAUGCAAAGCAAAGAUAAGGAGCUGGACAGCAAAGCUGGUACCAUCGCGCAGCUGAUGUGCGAAGUGACCACCGCAGUGGACACCAGCGCCAAACUGGAGACGGCACUCCAUAAACUGCGGAAAGAGAUGGAGUUGGAGAAGGAAAGCGGGAGAGAAAAGGAGAGGAAAUAUGGACAGCAGGUUGAGCGGCUUGAAGGUCUGCUCAGGGAAAAAGACGAUGAGUCAUCAAAACAGAUGUCCAUUAUUCUGGAGAUACGAGCCGAAAAGGAGCGUCUGCAAGAGAAGUUCCAGAGCCUGCAGACCACGAUGGACAACAUCCAGAAGCAGCUGUCGGGGCCGCAGCCCCCGCCGAAGCCCCGCGAGGCGCCCGAACACGACGACAACGCCAGGCCUUUCGCUUCGCAGCCCCUUGGCAAACACACGACGAAGAAUAUUACGAAACCCGUGAUGACUCGGAAACCAGCGGAUGGUGAUCCAGGCGCCAUCAACCAGCAAGUGGACAGCAUACUGUUCUCACUAUUCAGCGACAACAGCAUGGACGACGGCGGCGACGCCAAUGAGCCUCGCGAAGUACGCCGCUUCGAAGCACCAUCUCGCGGACAGUCGGCCCCGGCGAUCCUGAAACGAAGAGCUGGCGUACCAGCCGCAAGACCCCGCGUCAUAGUGCCAGAAGACGACGAUGAUAAUGCAAUAAUAUCAUUGUCCCAAGUAAGAAACAAAAUGAAGGACAAGAACCAACGGACAUUCUUCAAGAGCAAGCGUGAAACGAAACGUCCUAAAUAAUAAUUACGUAUAAUCAAGUAACGCUAGUACUAACAAGUAGUAUCUAUUCUACAGAUUAAAAUUUAUGUAUCUGCUACUUUCUAAUCAUAUAAGAG